AUGAAUCUUGGUGGGUAUUUGGACCUGCUGGACAAACUAGAGCGGUCCCGCACAACCAUGGAGGACUGCUCUGCUGUUGCUGACGCCCUACUAGCAAAUGUUGCGCUCAUGUGCCGUGCAGAUAGCAUUUUUCAAUUCACUGUUCCAGUGCUCCAAAAACUAGUUAAGGUCCUUUGCGCACACCCCAUCUUUCUUACUAGUGAAAAAAUGGCUCAUUUCCUAGCCUUCGUGCUGAAAGAAGCAUUACCUGUAGUGGAUUAUACCACCCUGUUUCUACUUCUAAAACUAGUGGUGAACUCUCUGCUUAAUUCAGCCAUAUCUAUCCAGAAUGAGGCUUCCAGUGGAAUGCUUCCUACUUUAGAUUUUUCUCCGGCGCUACUUCGGCUUUUUAUCAGUGUCUUACUCAUGAUUAGAUUGCAACACGGGCCACUGCACAUGGAUACUUUUGACGAAUACACAUAUCCAUCUUUGCAUUCUUUGUACUGCGCCGUAUCCAGUCUUUCAUAUACCUGCUUGGCCACUCUUGAGAAGCUUCUAUCUACGACAAAGCAAACUCUGGCUGCGUCGGAGAAACAGCUAAUCUGCCAUUUAAUUGAGUUGACAGUAUCACUCGCGCUCUUGUUUAAUUUCAGACAGACAGCAAACCUUUACGCAUCCACCAAACUAAGCACGCUGCUGGAAGGGAGAAACUACACGUAUACUACCAUAGUGUAUCAAUACGUCUUACGGUAUUUCCUAAGCAAUAGCACCGAACACAUUCCUCCAAUGUUUCUGAGUAACAUCCUCAAGAAGCUAGUUACAUUUACGCUGGACCCCCCUCCUACAGGUGCCGAGAAUGGUACCUGCGAACCCGCCAUCAAGCACAUCUUCGCGCAAACCUUCGCAUCUAGUAGGGCAAUCUUCCAAGAUAUCCUAGUGUCAUUUUAUCUCUUUACCGUUGUGUUCUCACCUUUGCAGAUGUCCAGCAAGACACCUUUAGCAUUUGCCAAGCUUACGCAAGAUGGCGUCCAGCGAGUCUCGAUACUCGUUCGGUUUGCUCUGAACGACUGCUCUCCACUAAACAGGCCGUACUGCGUAUUGCUUUUCCUUUCUCUAAUGGGGAGUGGGGACGUCUCAUCGGCAUUCUCAGCUAUGCCCUUUAAACAGAUGCACACUGCCUUCAUAGAUGAGUUCAUCAGAGCUCGGGGAUACGAGCUCCUCUUCAGCGAGAUAGCCGACUGUAAAGGAUACUCCGCCUACUCGGCCAUGUUCCUCGCACACCUGUACCGCGUGACACUGUCGCCUAUAUCUUCCUUCAGAGUUACAUUUGCUAUUCCCAAAGAGAAGAUCGGCGGGAAGCUUAUGUCUUUUCAGGUUGUCAAGGCUAAUCUUAAAGGGUGCUUCACAGCAAUGGAGUCAAUCGUUAAUAGGCUGACCAAUCAAUCUCCAUCAUCCUUCGAAAGAGAACAUAAUGCUUUGCUGCAAUAUUACUUUGUUCUUUUAUCGACUCUUGGCCGAUUUAUAGCCUAUACCGCGACAAGUGUUUGUGUUAAUAUAUUUUCUUCAGAGGAGAUUGACUCCUUGAUAAGACAAACUAUUACUUUGACAACAACAAUGCAACGUAUUUACUGGGAACACCUUGAUAGAUCUUUGGAGCUUCUCACACAUAUUUCAGACUUGCUGAUUUUCAAUACGGUCUGUUUUGCUACACACGCUGGCUCUGCCUUGAGUACGCCUCUUCCAGCCACGCGCAAAGUUGAUCAAUCUCUGCUGUCCGCCAUUUCAGAGCUUAGUUCUAGCGCAAAACUUAUCCAGGGUGCUCGCUAUGACAGCAAGGAAACCCACUGCUCUCAUGAACAAAGCAAUGGUUGCCACAAGCCUGCACCACUGCACCCCGGUCUUGUACAUAUACGAUUAAUAGGGAGUUGCAUCACCGCCCUUGUUCUAUCGUCAACAUCAUAUCUUGAUAGAUUGCCUGUUGUAAACCAGGGUCUCCUCCAGUCUGCUGCCACACUUGCUAUCCGAAUGUUCAAUUCGAGAUUUCCUGUCUGUCUAUCCAAUCUUUCUGUCGAGGGGCUCCGUGAAUUGACAGUACGGCAGGCCCUUCCCCCCAGACCUGUACCUUUGGAGGAAUCUGACCACAGCAGUCGGCACAGUCACAGUCAGCUGUCGUCUCAACAGACUGACGAGGAACUCAAAUCUGAGCUGCAAGGCGAGAAGCUUGUAAGACAGCAGCUCCAGCUCCAACUGAAAAAGGUUGAGGAGACGCUUAGCAGUGUUCAACAGGAGAGCGAUACACGUGGUACAGAGAUAGUCUCAUUGAGAACAAUUCAAGAGCAGACACGUCUCAAGGUCGAGAACUUGGAGCAGUGCCUUCGGGCGCGUGAAAACGAGCUGUCUCUGAAGAACACAGAAGUACAGCUCUUAAAGACCAAGCUUAACGAAGCUCAGUUGCAAUUAGAUUCCGUCCGUGCAGCUCUAGCACAAUUAGAAACAGAGUGCAACGCCGCCCAUGCGGCAGCCGCCCAGUACAGCGACGAGGCGACACAGCUCCGAAGCGGGAUGCAGUCCAUAUCGCUGAUCGUCUCCGACUACGCAGGAUACCUCCGGCCGCGACCCAGGCACCCGCCGCUCUGA